UUUUUGGUUUAAUUAUUUUUUUCAGGGUCCAGAAGCGUCUGAGACCCUGGAGUCCCAAGCAGCCGGUAAAAAUUACGACAUUAUUAAUCGCUAUACCAAGCACUUGUAUUUAUUUUAACGAGAGACACCAACCGAAAAAUUUAAUUGCCCGGCGCAAAACUGGCUAUCCACACACAACGUCAAGAUGGCGCACGUGGUACGAGAGUUGGACUUGAAUGCCUGCUAUGGGCCUGGCUCUGUCAUGGACAAAAUGAAUGCGGUACCAGGUCUAAGGACUAGCACUGCAUUCUUUCUUUUCCUGCGGGCGAACCUCGUCGUGAACCCAUCCGCCAUGUCGACCCCAGAUAUGGAACCCGCAUCGUCAAAUCGGCUUCCGCCACCUUCUCCGUCGCCGCUCGUGACAAUCGAUCCGCCAAGCAAUCCAGUACCAGAUGAUCUACCUCCACUAUCUGUUGGAAUUCUGGAUCGCGAAUCCGACAAAGUGGACGCUUUGAAUUUGGUGACGGACUCGGUAGCUCAGCAGCGACAAUCAGCCUCUUACCAUUUAGUUUUCCACCCAUACUUAUUAGCCCUCCUAACUGUAGCGCUCGGUAUCGCGUACCAAUGGUCCUGGCGUGUAAAACGCGAUCUCGGCACAGCGCUAAUGCUGCAUUCCGGUGUCGUUAUGACCUACCUACUCGCCAUCCGCUAUUAUACGGGACAGUAUAUCCAGGUGGCUGAGAAUAUGAAGUGGAAUUGGAUGGUGUCCGAGUACAAUGAAGAAGAUACUGUGAUCGGCGUGCGGUUCGGGCAGGAUCUGAUUGGUGCUUUGGUGUUGCGACUCGAACCAAACCCGAGCUUAGCCGGCAAGAAGCGAAGCCGAAAUUCUGUGCUUAGAGGAGGCAAGGGCGUAAUCCGAGCGUGGACGGUCAAGCUCAAGUACCGGAAUAAGGGCGUCGGCAUCGAUAUGCUUCACGAGGCCGUUAAAAUAACGAGGGAGAAGUGCGGCAAGGACGCUGAGAUCGGGUUUGCGAAGGAGCAUGCUAAUAGCACCAUGGUGCUACCAGAGGUCUUCAAUAGGCCAUUUAGAAAAGACGAGCAAAGGGCGGCAAAGACUCUAGAGAAGGUUCUCGGUGAAUGGGAAGGCGGCAAGAGGAGACGGAAACUCUAAGAGGUAGAGGUCAAGGUAGAGGUCAAGGUAGAGGUCGGCAGCAUCGAUUGGUUGGCGUCUGGCGGCUACAUUGUUUUACAGUGCUUGAUCAAUACCCCCGUUCGUUUAGAGAGUUCCGGCCAAAAUAAAUAAUCUAUCGUUUCUUCAUGAAAAAGACGUUCAAUAAA